CCCAGUGUAUCGCGGGCCUGGGAAGGUGUCAGUGAAGGAAGUGAGGGAGUACGAGUCAGUUGCCUUCUCGUGGCUACUCCUUUUUGCUGUUAACAAUAAAUAAUGACGUAUACUUUUUUUUUUAUUGUAAUGAUGUUUUCUUGAAGACUAGCUGCUUUUACUUUUGUCUUUAGAAGUUUAAGGGCUUGCUUAAAGCAACGAUUUACUUUUGUUUCUUUUUUACAUUUUUUUUCAAGUUAUCUAAAAGGUCGUCUAACAAGAUGUACUGCUGGUUCAAGACUAUUUCUCUCCCUGGUUCUACUCUGAUUUGGUCGGUAAGCUCUAUGAUAAACAAGGUGUGCCUACUCAGGCUGGUUUCUCAAGUGUCUGUAAGGCGUUUGAUCAAGUGGUAUAGGGCUUUCAAACCCUUUUCUUCAGACUCUGGCUCUCUUUAGGGUUUGGAAGAUAUACAUUCAAGGCUUAGUAAGUUUUCGUAGUGUAAGUCUACUUUUUUGAGUCUU